GAGCCUGCACUCGGGGACCUCCUCCGGGGUGGCGGGGGCCGUCCUCACGGCCCCUUUGGCCUCCUCUUUCUGUGGGAGGUGCGUGCUCGGUACGGCCGUGUCUGUGAGGCUGCUGGAGCAGAACUACUGAGCAAAAGCAGGCGUCCCUAGUUGUGGCCAAGUGUGCCGUUGGCUUGGAAAAGUUGAGCUUGAAGCUUCCUCCCUGUGGUGAAGGGGAGAGAUACAUAUUGCUCACAGAAUAACAGACAUGGGCUUCCUACUGACUUUCCACCUUUCCUACAAAGUCCGGUUAUUGUUGCUUUUUCUCUUAUGCCUGACAGUUGUUGGGUGGGCCACCAGUAACUACUUUGUGGGGGCUAUUCAAGACAUUCCUAAAGCAAAGGACUUCAUGGCUCAUUUCAACAAGGUUCUGGUUUGGGGGAAGGAAGAAACUCUGAUGAAGCAAGACUCCGUGAAAGAAGCAGACCUGGAAGACUGCCCUUCUGUGUCUCCUUACCUCAGGGGCCAGAACAAGCUUGUUUUCAAACCAGAUCUCACUCUGGAAGAAGUGGCGGCAGAAAAUCCCCAAGUGCACAGAGGCCGGUAUCGCCCUGAGGAAUGUAAGGCUUCGCAGCGGGUCGCCAUUCUCAUUCCUCACCGGAACAGAGAGAAACACUUGAUGUACCUUCUAGAACACCUUCACCCCUUCUUGCAGAGGCAGCAGCUGGACUAUGGCAUCUACAUCAUCCACCAGGCUGGAAGCAAAAAGUUUAAUCGAGCCAAGCUCUUGAAUGUGGGCUAUCUGGAAGCUCUCAAGGAUGAAAAUUGGGACUGCUUUAUAUUCCACGAUGUGGACCUGGUGCCCGAGAACGACUUGAACCUCUAUAAGUGUGAGGAGCAGCCCAAGCAUCUGGUGGUCGGCAGGAACAGCACGGGGUAUAGGUUACGUUACAACGGAUAUUUUGGGGGUGUCACUGCCCUCAGCAGAGAGCAGUUUUUCAAGGUGAAUGGAUUCUCUAACAACUACUGGGGAUGGGGAGGCGAAGACGAUGACCUCAGACUCAGGGUUGAGCUUCAUAGAAUGAAAAUAAUCCGGCCAAUGCCUGAAGUGGGUAAAUAUACAAUGAUCUUCCAUACUAGAGACAGAGGCAAUGAGGUGAAUAUAGAACGGAUGAAGCUCUUACAUCAGGUGUCACGAGUCUGGAGAACAGAUGGGUUGACCAGUUGUAUUUACAAAUUACUCUCUGUGGAUUAUAAUCCUUUGUAUACCAACAUCACAGUGGAUUUCUGGUCUGGUGCAUGACCCUGGAUCUUCUGGUGACAUUCGGAAGAAGUGAACAUUUUAUUGCAAUAAUUUUGGACUAGAGACUUUCCUUAGUAGCACAUGUUAAGAACUGGUCGCAGCUAAUUACUGAGCUGAAUUUUUCCUUUCUGUAUUUUCUUAGCAGAGCUCCAAGUAAUACGGACUGUAAAACAGUUAUAAGAAGACAGCUUUCGUGGUUGGUUUGCUCCUGGGGGUUAUUAAAGACUGUAAUACACAUACUUGAAGGGCUGAGUCUAAAAGGACUACUCAAGGGAUAACAUGAAGGCUACUUGAAAACGUGGACUGAAGGAGAUUUAAGUUUGAAGUGAUACAUGAUGGGAUCAGAAAAGCCACGGGAAGUAGGGUUGCUGAAUGUUCCAGAGAACCGGAAUUGUUCUCAUCUGAGGUAGAAAGGUACGAAGAAGUCCGUCUGUUUACUCUUUUAUCCUGCAUGGUCAUCUGAGAAGGGGUGGGUCCCUGGUGAGAAGAAGGCCACAGAAGGGAGGAGAAAGGUGAAGAAUCAAGACGCAGUGAACUUGGGCAUAAAUGGCUGGAGGGAGGCCGGGGUUGGAGGAGCAACCCCCAAUGUGCUGGGUGCCCUGCUCUGUGGCGGGCGUCACCUGCCCACAUACACCUCCCAGGAAUAGCCCAGCAGGACACACGUUACCUACUAGUUUUUAAAGUAUUUUUGUAAAAUGAUUUUGUACCUGCAGGAUGUGAAUUAGCAGUUUACAAAUUACCUAUUAACUAGUCAUAGAUCGAAAGUACCUCUGGAGUAAAAUAAUGAAAAAAGCUUUGGGUGCUCCAUCUUGGUUUUUCUCUGUUGUUUGAGGCCUAUGGAUGUGUUCAUUACAGCAUUCUUAAUCCUCAGUGGUUUAGAAACACACAUUGGACUGAGCCCCCCUCACCCCCUCUCUUCUUGGUCCUCCUGUUCCUUUCUCCUGUUCUUCCUGUGUGCAGCCCCUUUGAAUAACCAGCUCCAGGCCUGUGGCAGGUGCAUCUGCAUCUCAUUUCCUGGGCUGCAUCAUGCUUCUGUUCUCUUCGUCCUCUUGUGCUUGCUGCUUCCCCCCAUCAAUACCGGCUGCGGUGGGGCUGGCCUCCGGGGCUCGCCUGGUUGGGUAUAGGAUAGGAAGGGGUGGAGGCCAGGGCUCAGAAGCCUUUGAUUUGGGAGGAAGAUGGGGCCCCCGGUGGCUGUGACUUGGGAGAGAAGAGAACAGUACUGCUGAGCUUCCUGGGGUGGGGGCAGGGAUGUGGGAGGAUAUUCUCAGGAAGGUAAUAGGGGGUGGAUACUGGAACACAGAAAUAUUCAGAGAUGGAUACUCGGAUACAGAGAUAAUACUGUGUUUGCAUGGGUGAAUGGACACAUAAAUAAUGUAGAUAUGGACGUUCUUCAGCAAGCAUUGUGGCACUUUGCCCCAGGCUCUCCCAAGCCAUCAUUACUAUAUGGCACUUUAAUUGUUCCACUUGAACAUGAAUGAGUGCCAGCCAAUGAGUGCAAAUAAUGUCCUUCCCAAACGGCAAGGGAGGGGAGGGAGGGCUUGGGGCUCCCGGCAGUCACCUCCCAAGUAGGGAAGGAGAAUUUGAAAGGAAAAUACAUUUUAUAGACAGAACAGGUUUACCUAGGGCUGGCCUGGUUUACCUUUAACUCAGUAGGGACAAGUAAAAGCUGUUUUUUUUUUGUUGUUGUUGUUGUUUUUCAUUUAGCAAAGAAAUAAUGAUGGUUUUCAGCUUUCCCCCCUCACUCUUCUCUCUCUUUCUGCAGAAUCUUGAGCAUUCUGCCCCAAAUUCUCUUAAUUAUAAUCCCAUACAGACUGGACUGUUGUGAUUGCCAGCAGCCCAUGCCAGGGAUCCCCAGUUUGGAGCUGUGGGUCCCUGGUCGUGGUUGGGAGGGUCAAGGAAGAGAAUACUGUGUGCAAGGAAUUUGAGGAUCCAUAUUUGAGAAUUCAAUUUCUUAGUAAAUGGAAACAAAAUACAGCUCCUACCAUGUGGAAAUUCCCCGCAUGUUUUCAGCUGCUAACAAGCAUCUGCAUUUUGGGGGAAAUGUUUUAGAAACCACUGCUCUAUGCCAAUUACUGUUCUUCAGGUUUUCUUUCAACCAAGGUAACAUACAAGUCGUUUCAGUGACUCAUCGUGAAACUUCCCAGGAUGGAAGAGAAUUUUUUAAGACCUUUGCUCUUUGCUCCCGCCCUCCUGCUUCCAUUCUCAGCUGGGCAGAGGAGUUUGGCCUCAAAGGAACCAAGUGUUCCUGCCCUGUGUGUUUUCAUUGUCAGUUGCUACAAAGAGGCCAAAGUUUUUGAGCUUUGUAGACAGGCCUCCUGUAAUUGUUAAGGAUUGUAGGAGCGCGAUCUAUUUGGACAUCACAAAUACGUGAACAGCGUGCUACUUGACAUGUUUUUAUUGAUUUUUUCUCACCCUGACACUCAGUUUUACCGUGCUGUAUGGUUUGUGAUGUUUUUACACACACUUUAUUGGUCCUGUUGACUCUUGAGUUUAGUAGGGUAGAUGAGGAAGUAGAGGUUUUGAACAGUGGGGGCCUCGCCAGAAAUCUCACAGCUAGUAAAUGGCAGAGUCGGGGUACAGACUCAGGUCUUCUGACUUCAAGACCAUGACAUCAUUUUGCCAUCAUCGUCGCUUCUCUCAUUUUUUAAUUUUUUUUUUUUUUUGAGGUGGGGGCUUCUUUGAUUUUUAAAGGUAGGUUUCCUGAAUCUGUAUCCCUGUUCUAGCUCCUACAGAAGUUUGGUAUCUUCUGGGAUCUAAAAGGUAUGUUCCAUUCUCAUCUGGUCUUGGAACUUUUUUCCAGACUCCUUCCCUGCCUUUUCUGCCCCUAGCCCCUUGACUUUCACUCAAGCCCCUAUUGGACAGGUGUCCCAAGGGCCCCAAGUGCUCUGUGGAUGGGCUCUUGGGAGAGAUGAAAGAUAUUUUCUGCUAGACUCAAAACCUCCACUUUCUCCAUGUUUUGUACAUAUAUACAGUUCCUGUGCAAAGCCAUUAACACAUCCUCCUAGAUGGAGCAUAUUCAGAUAUAUUUCAUAAGUACUUUUUUGCCAAUCACAUUCCAAACUUUAAGUCCAUCCCUUCGUACCUUAGAUAUUUAAGCUGUUGCCACCCUCACUGGGGUUAAGUACACUGAAGACCACCUUACACCUGCUGAGAGGGUCCGAUAGGUCUCAGAGAUACUCACAAAGGAGUGGCUGAGAGUCCCACCCCCAGGGAACAGGACUGUACAGGCAAAGCCUCCAUUGUUCCACUGAUGGCUAUUGAAGCUGAAAACUCAAAAUUGAACCGUGUGUGUGUGUGUGUGUGUGAUUUCAGGCCUUAGAAGAGAGAUUGGUGAAGGGUGUGUCAUAACAAUAAUUGAGUGCUUGCUCUGCAUUAGCCAAAUUACCUGUGUGUGUAUGAGUUUUUUUUACUUUCCAAUAACCCUAUAGGCAUGUAUGUACUACAAAGAAAAAACAGUUUCAAGUUACGUGACUUAUCAAAGUUGGUAAAAGGAAGAGGUAAGUCUUGGACUGAGUCUCUCUCCAAUACCUCGUGUCCCCCCAUCCUGAAUAUCGCAUCGUCAGGAGUUGAUGAUAUUUCUCUGUGAGACCAGCAAGGGCAGAGAUCUCAUUUGUAGCGAGGACUCUGGAAAUAAUACACAGGACAUGAGAUGUAUCCGUUAAAAUGUCUUAUUUUGAUGACCCUAGUACAUUCUUCUAUGGAGUAGAAGUUUUGCUGAAAAGCUACUACUCAGUUAUUGUUUGAGGGCCAGUCAGUCUGGACCAGUAUAUUUGGUCAUCAAGCUCACUGUAAUAAAUUGCAGCAACAUGGCAGUUGGCAUGUUUCCAAAGAUUAUGGGCCAAGCAGAGUCCCUCACUCUAGACUUCUAGUAGAUAACUCCUUAUUGGUGGUAUCUCAUAGCCUCUUUCCAUUCUGAUGCACUUGACAUAUCUUACUGAACCCUCCCAGUCCCCUGUGAGGAUAGACCUGUUUUCCUGAAGCAGAUUCCAAGAAGCUAAGUAAAUUGCCAAAGUCCUGCAGAGCUGGGAUUUGGAGUCAGAUAUUUGUUGACUCCAGAGCUCAUGUUCUUAACCAGCCAACAAACACACCAAGAGAGGAAAUAGGGAUGGGCAGUUAUUUGGAGAGGGGCUGUGCCCCUCAAAGCCCCCCCCCCCCCCCCGCCCUGGGAACACAUCUGCAGUUAAAUAAAUUGGGAUUAUGACUCCCAGUGAGAGAGAACACACCAGAGGGGACCAUGAGGCGUCUUAGGAAAAGGGAAUUCUAGCAUUUGGGUUUCUGUUGGGUCGUUUGGGGAGGGCCUAAGCAAGCAGGGUGUGCUCUCCAUUGGACAUUGUCGGAAAGCGGAGACAAUUCUGAGUGUGAAUACAUUUUAUUCAUCUGGACUAGCAGGAGGAUAGAGCUGUAAUGGGUAAACUCAUGGCAGUCGCUUAUUUUAGCCAAAAGAGGGUAUGUUUGGUAUUUCACAGGUGGCACAGUGACCUUAUAUUUGUGCUUGGACAACUUUAGGAAGUGGACUGACUUUGCCUCAUUUUGCGUGACCUUAAUUUGAGUUUGGUGUUCUGUGAGAUUGUUUACAUCCGGUAGGACUGUUUACAUCUAAUAGCCUAGGUGUGA